UCAAGCAAGUCUGCCGCCCUACCUUCGCUUCAGACCUGCAGUUUUUUUCUUGUGCAAUGGACGGCCGCCUAGAUGCUGAAUUGUACCCUUUGGGAACCGGCUACGUCCCUGAAAUUGACAGUGUCCAUGACAUAGCCGUUGGCACAAAGAGGGGAUCCGACGAACUAUUUUCUUCCUGCAUAGCCAACGGGCCCUAUAUCAUGAACCCAGCCAAUGGCAACGACAGCAAAAAAUUCAAAGGUGACGUGCGCAGUCCUGGUGUUCCGUCACGUGUGGUCCAUGUACGCAAGCUGCCCAACGACAUAAAUGAGGCUGAAGUUAUUGGCCUGGGACUGCCCUUUGGGAAGGUCACUAAUCUGCUGAUGCUGAAAGGGAAAAACCAGGCAUUCUUAGAAAUGACCAGCGAGGAGUGUGCACAGACGAUGGUGAGCUACUACUCCUCUGUAACCCCCGUCAUCAGAAACCACCCCAUUUACAUGCAGUACUCGACUCACAAGGAGCUCAAGACCGACAACUCCCCCAACCAAGUGCGUGCCCAGGCAGCUCUGCAGGCAGUCAACGCUCUGCACGGCGGUGGGAUGGGGGGCAUGGCCAUUCCAGCAGAUGUGGCCAGCAUGGGGGGAGCAGGGUCCCAAAGCCCUGUGCUCCGAGUCAUAGUGGAGAACCUCUUCUACCCCGUCACCCUGGAUGUACUGCACCAGAUUUUCUCUAAAUUCGGCACCGUGCUGAAGAUCAUCACUUUCACUAAGAACAACCAAUUCCAGGCUUUGAUCCAGUAUGCUGACGGCUUGACAGCUCAGCACUCCAAACUGUCUCUGGAUGGACAGAACAUAUACAACGCCUGCUGCACCCUGAGAAUCAGCUUCUCCAAGCUCACCAGCCUCAAUGUCAAGUACAACAACGACAAGAGCCGGGACUACACCCGUCCAGACCUCCCCACUGCUGAUUCACACGCGUCCCUUGACCACCAGACCAUGGCAGCGGCGUUUGCUGCUCCAGGCUUAAUCUCAGCCUCUCCUUAUGGUGGCGCUCAUGGCUUCCCCCAAGCCUUCGCCAUCCAGCAAGCAUCUGGGCUGUCGAUGGCCGGUAUGCCCGGCGGCCUCGCCUCCCUGGGUGUGGGCCACGGUGGCAUGGCUGCCGCCGCAGCUGCCGCCAGCCGGCUCGGCCUGACUGGGUUCGCUCCGCCCGGGGGCCACCAUGUGUUGUUGGUCAGCAAUCUGAACCCUGAGAGCGUUACGCCACACUGCCUCUUUAUUCUUUUCGGUGUGUACGGUGACGUGAUGAGAGUGAAGAUCCUGUUUAAUAAAAAGGAGAAUGCUCUGAUCCAGAUGUCUGAUAGCACUCAGGCUCAGCUAGCUAUGAGCCACCUGAACGGUCAGCGUCUCCAUGGCCGGGCCAUGCGCGUGACCUCCUCGAAACACACCACGGUGCAGCUGCCCCGAGAAGGCCACGAGGACCAGGGCCUCACGAAGGACUACAGCAACUCACCGCUGCACCGCUUCAAGAAGCCCGGCUCCAAGAACUACUCCAACAUCUUCCCACCCUCGGCAACGCUCCACCUCUCCAACAUACCGCCGUCGGUGGUGGAGGAUGACCUCAGGAGGCUUUUUGCCAGCUCAGGAGCAACGGUCAAAGCCUUCAAGUUCUUUCAGAAAGACCGCAAGAUGGCCCUGAUCCAGAUGGGCUCCGUGGAGGAGGCGAUCGAGUCUCUCAUCGAGUUCCACAACCACGAUCUGGGAGAGAACCACCACCUCAGAGUGUCCUUCUCCAAGUCCACCAUCUAAGUGCCGUUCCCCCCCCCCCCCCCUCCGUACCGCCACCCUGAUGCUACUUUAGUCACGCUUUCCCUCCGGUGGAAGCGGCCAGCGUUGCGUAUCGGUGGUUCUUUUGUAGACUGUUGCUCCCCGUCUUUCCACGCCUAAUCAUUCCUCUCGUUAGUGGGUUUGGGUAUCACAUUUAAUCGAUUUAAUUCCCGGUUUCAAUCUUUUGUCUUAUGUACCCAAAAUAUGUCAAAAAACAAACUUCCGUUUUUUGAAACCGUUAAUUCAUCACACAAGAAACUACAUGCCUGUCAGUUUGACACUUGUUUGUAUUGGAGUCGGUCCGGCCCACAGAUUCUGACCGGGACUUCUAAAAAACGGCUUUCUUGUGCCGCGCGGUUUACAUUUCCCCCGUACGCGGUUGCUCCCGUAACGGCGUAAACACGGGCCCCAUGCAUCGGCCCAGAGUGACGGGCCGCGUAAACCACCGGGCCCAAACCGGGCUCUGGAUUCUCUCGAUGGAAUCGAGGCACAUUUCUGUUUCCAGUAGAGUUGUCGGUACCCAAACAUCCAGCUAAUCAGUUUCAUCGUUCGGUUUUCACGUGGGAACAAGGGGGCAACAUUCUGCAAUGAAACCCGUUGGUGUUGGAGAGGCAGCGGAUGAACUGUCACUUUAGACCAAAUCGCUUUAAUAAAAAAUGAAAGGGAGAGAAAAGACGCCCUCCGCCACAGAUGUUCGUGUGGAUGAAUCGUAUCCACACACGACACUUCAGCAUUCCUUUUGUUGUGAUAGUCAUCUGGAUAUAUAUCUGUGUGCGCCUUUUUAAAAAUGCGUUUGCCAGUCAGAAACGGUUCGAUACAAACGUUUUUUUGUUUUGGCCCACAAACCACCAAACAGAUUAAUAUCCCAGUAUCCAUUUUUGAUUUUUAUCUUCUUGUAACUACCCGCCUGUUUGCUCCGGGGGAUCCGUACCACUAGUCGUUCGAUAAAGAAUGCCUUUCUGCUCCUUUAGUUUUUUUUUUUACUCUGUAUCUCCAGUCUCGUGCGUUCCUUUUACCCCGACCAGAUUGCCUUAAGCAUCGCUCUGGCUGUAUUUGAGAGAAGAAAGACGAGGCUCUCUAAAUGCCUUCUUCAUGCCUUGUGGCAUGUACCAGCAUUCCUCUGGGGGGGGGGGGGGCUCAUUCAAACUUUCCGUUUUAUCUUUAUAAAAAACAACCGUUCUUUUCCUAGAUAUUUUGUAUGCAUAUCCACAUUAUAUGUAUGUAGAAACUAUGAUUAUACGUCGGUUAGUUGCCUAAUAUCCUCUCUAGGUGAUGUAGCUGUUGGGUGGUGUUUAGUGGCAGGAGAUGGAGCCGCUGCACAUCCCCCAUCCGCCUUCACGCCGCCUCUUUGGGGCGCCAUUUAACCAUAUUAAGUUCAUCUAUAUGUGGACGCCUAUAUAUAUAAAUAUAUUCAUUUAUCUCUUUCUUUUUAACGUUAGUAUUUGCGUGUGUAUCACUGCGACGCUUAUCCGAUGCCUGUAGGUGGCGGCUGGGGUUGAUCAUAUCAGUGCCUUGAGCUUUUAAUCCGAGGCUGAAGAAACCUUUUUUUCUCCUGGUCAGUUGACUUUGUUUACCUCGUUCAGGUGUUUUAUCUUUCCGCUCCGCAAAGACGCCGUCGCCCCGGUUCCGUUCAGGUGGUCCUCCCUGAGGGAGCAGCUCGGAGUCGCCGGUCAACUGAAAGGAACAAGCGGUCUUGGACUCGGUAUCCUAAACUUAGUUUAUGAUUUUUUUUCUUCUUCUUAAAUUCAGAAUAGCAGGAUUUACAGUGGGGGCUUUCGCCCUCGCCCGCUCCCCCGUCUGUGCCCCCCCCUCGCGCCACAUUCGGGUUCCUUAGUGCACUUUCUCCUCAACGAUAGGUCCAAGUCGGCACCGUCACGCCCAAGUCUUAAAAACCGUCGUCACAUUCCUAACGUGCCUCCAGCACCGGUUCCCACUGACCACUGUAGUCCUGGACCAGAUCACAGACGUCACUCUGACUCUAUUUUUGUAAAAGAUUAAUAUGCAUGGUUUAAAACGAAGCUUCAUGUAGCUACGGGCGAUGUUUUGCUGUUAUGGACCAAAGUAUCUUCUACCCCCCCCCCCCCCCUCUGCUGUUUUUGUAGUGUUGUGAUUUCUAAAAAAUUCUCUCACAUUUCCACAAAUACGUACACGAGGCCUCGUUUCCAUUUGUUUUGUUUUCCUGUUUCUCAGAUGCCUUGGCCGAAUGUCACAUGAAGUUAAAUUGUGUUUGGUAUCAUCUCUACUGUAUUUUGUGUCCGACGUUGGUAGUUUGCUUUAGGGCGGAUGCGUAACUGAACCACAGUCUUAGCUGUGAUGUCGAUGGUGUAGAAGAUUAUAUGCCUCUUUUUUUUUUUUCCUCGUUAAAGCUUUUAUGUUUAUCUCUUUUUAUAUGGGGGUGGGGUUAUUGUAUGAAGCGGGGAUUGAUGGUUGUAUAUAUUCAUGUUUUUGUACCACAAUCAUUUGGAUUAUAUCCACUUUACGUUCAAAACAUGUAUAUUUUGAUAAAAACAAUACAGACCUAUUGAGCUCUGCGGAGCUGUAAAAAAAAAAAAAAAAACUUUUUGUAACGGACAUUAAAACCUAUCUGAACACAAGUGUCUCGGUAUGUGCCCCGGCUCCCCCCUCCCCCGCCUUUUUUUUGCCAUUCUGUUCUUGUCUCUUGCAUCUUCUGCUGCCUUCAAUAAAUCUUUAGUUUGUUCCUCCUU